AGGAAUAGAAUAUUUCCAGGAAGCCGAAGCCCUUCCGCAUCCACAACACGGGCCCGCUGACAAGAUGGCUGAUGACCAUGUGGGUCGUGGACAUGAUAUGCCGAUGGUCUUCCACGGUGGCUACAACGAGACCAUCCUGUUCAAGUUUUGGCAAUGCGACACCCGGCUGGCGUUGGCCUUCUCUUGCCUGAGCAUCUUCAUUUUGGCCAUUCUCUACGAGGCUCUCAAGUUCUUCCGCGAUUGGCUCUUCCGGAAACGCAAGCGGCGCAUACAGGGGGGCUACGACAACUACAGUCCAUCCCGUAACCGUCCUUACAAUUACUACGACUACUAUCGGCAGCCACACCCACAGAUGCAGCGACAUUUACAGCCACAUCUACAGCCACGUCUACAGCCACAGCCACAGCUACAGCCACAGCCUCAGCUAACAGGCCGCAUACAGACAUAUGUGUAUCGACCGCCCCAGGUGCGCCGACCAGCGCAGACCCAAUCUCCUGCCCCAACCGCAGCCCCAACCGCAGCCCCAACCUCCAUUACAUACUUUUCGGAUGGUGAGUCCAUAUCCACAUUGGGUGAUCUACCCACGUCCUCAUCGAGUGAUCAAGCCGUGCCGAGAUCGGCCAGUAAUCGUUCGGCAACAACGGAUGCUCAAGCUAUUCAAACAUCGGACUUCCAAGCAGCGACCGCCUCGGACGACAAAAGCCCGAAGACCUCACUAAUCUCUCAAGCCUGGAAAAAGUUGCGGCUGGACGCAUCAAGUGCCUCCAGAUCGGGUGGCCAAGGAACGUCGACAUCGGCCGCCCAAGGUGUAUCUACAGCAAAUGCGCAUACGCACAUUCGUCGGCCCGGUCCGCCGGGUCCGCCGGGUCCGCCGGGUCCAUCCCGUCUUCUGGCGGCAGUGGAGAGCCAGGAUACCGGCGAGUCUUUUACGUGCGAUUUUUAUCUGUCACCGCUGCAUAUUGCUCAGACCUUUCUUCACAUGCUGCAGGUCCUGAUCUCCUUCUUGCUGAUGCUCGUCUUCAUGAGCUUUAAUGUUUGGCUCUGCCUCGCAGUGCUCCUCGGCGCGGGCAUGGGCUAUUUCCUCUUCUUCCCCCUGUGCACUAGUGUCCAGGAGCACUGCAACUGAGGCAAGCGCCGAGUCCUGAAACCUGAGUCCAUGUUCCAUGUCCCGGCUAAUGCGCAUGCUAAUGUAUUUUUCUAAUUAAA